CCACUCGGCAUGUGACACAACAAGGAAGUAGACAUGCUGUUUCCUGAAAGUCUCCAGAGUAUUUCAUUUUUAAGGCAACUCUUUUUAAAGCCGUUCCCUCAUUUUUAGUUUUCUGUCAGACACAUUCUUGACAGCGCUGGUGUAAAAAGAUCGCGGCGUUUUAAUAUUCAGGAGCAAAAUGGACGUUUCACCACAAUUUUUCUUUUUAAUGUUAUGUUUUCAGCUUGGACGGACAUCCUUACCGCUUGUCAUCAACACAUGGCCAUUUAAAAGUGCAACGGCCGCAGCAUGGGAUGCCCUGCAGUCCAGCGGCUUAGUGUUGGACGCAGUGGAGAAAGGCUGUGCCCGCUGUGAAAUAGAACAGUGCGAUGGCACUGUCGGCUUUGGCGGCAGCCCGGAUGAGACUGGAGAAACCACGCUGGACGCCUUGAUCAUGAACGGUAAUACGAUGGAGGUGGGUGCAGUGGCAGACCUGAGAAGAAUCAAAAAUGCUAUUGGAGUUGCCAGAGCUGUGAUGGAGCGCACUGAACAUACAAUGCUAGUGGGAGAGUCAGCCUCUGUGUUCGCUGAGAACAUGGGCUUUGUUGCAGAAGACCUUACUACCAACAAAUCUUUGAAUGUUUUCACUCAGUGGCUCAAGGGCAACUGCCAACCUAAUUAUCGAAAGAACGUCAAUCCAGAUCCUCUGAAGUCGUGUGGACCCUACGGGCCAGUGGCAAUGCAAACACAGUGUAAUGGAGUCCGGCACGUUAACAUACACUCCCAUGAUACCAUAGGGUUGAUUGCCAUUGAUAAAGAUGGUCACAUGGCAGCUGGAACGUCGACCAACGGACUGACUCACAAAGUUCCAGGCCGCGUGGGGGACUCCCCCAUCAUCGGAGCAGGAGCCUAUGCAGACAGUUCAGCUGGUGCCGCCGCCGCAACUGGAGACGGAGACAUCAUGAUGCGCUUUCUACCGAGCUACUUGGCCGUAGAGCUGAUGAGGAACGGGGCUGAUCCCUCAGUAGCCUGCAAGUCGGCCAUUUCCAGAAUCAAGAGGCAUUACUCAGACUUCUUUGGAGCCAUAAUCUGUGCUAACACAACAGGCCAUUAUGGUGCAGCAUGUAACAAGGCCCCCAGCCUCACAGAGUUCCACUUCAUGGUGCAAAACUCCGAGUCAGACUCACCAGUCCUGAAAUCUGUCACCUGCUUUUAAGCGUCUUGUUCAGUCGUUUAGGUUUUCUGUGGUUUACUCAUCUCCAGGAUGGAUUUUUAUUCUGAUUAUUUUAUUUGAAUCAAAAUUUAAAAAAUUAUCUACUGAAUAAAUGAAACAGAUUUUUUUUAUUCAACA